CACCCGCUCAAGACGCGUCGGAUUGCCCAGACACGGACGUGGAGUUCAACUCAAUGGGUGACAGGACAACAAACAGACGGGCAGAAAAGUGCCCCACGACAACAUUUCUCUCGGUAUCGCAGAGCCCAUGCGCUUCCCCAAGGGCUCAUGUCCCAGGCAACAUGAAUAGAUAAAGCAUUUUCCCAACCUAGCAAUGGAGACAUCGGCUCCGAAGCGGCGCAAACUGUCGCCUGAUCAGUCCGUCGCAGUAAACAAUAGCAACCAAAACAAUGCCCCCGAUGACAACCCACGCGACGACCACACAACCACCACCAACACCCCACCCGAUCCUCCUCCAGCGGCGCCGCCCAGAUCCCCCGAGCGCCCGUCGUUCGCAUCACCCACGAGGGCAAGCCUAGCGCGCCACAACCCCGAUGUUCUGGGUCGAAGGCAGCCCGCCGGUCGCGGCAAGUCACCAGCCAGGGGGAACCCCGGCGCGUCGCAACAACCCCCACCGCUAGAUAACGCCGCCGUUGGGCCGGAAGCGCCAGAUCAACACGAAUCCGAGUCCCGAACUACAACCGGUCAGGCGCCAAGGGCACCGGGGGGUCUAUUUGCCAAACCACGACGUUCACCAGUCCGAACACUUGCGCCGGGCACUACUGAAGAGCCGGAAGAACUCAAUCCGUUCCAGGGACGGACCCUACGGCGAUCUUUCCCGCGUCCUGAACAGCCUGAGCCCGAACUGCCGCAGGCACCUGGACCGCCCGACCCAAUACUCAGCACGCCGCCAUCUGGAAUUCACAAUACGCCGUCGCAGCGCCCUCGUAGGAGUCGGGCGCUCGCCGAGCGGAUCAAGAGUUCGUCGCCAGUGAAGCCUAAGGCCGCUCCACCGACGCAGACAUCCGACGAUCAGCCGGUCACCACUUGGGAUCCGCCGACCAAGACCAAGGCACAACAUGGCAAGAAGGCGCAUGCUGGCGGCGAUGCCAGCAGUGCUGGCUCUGCACAGGCGCCCGCCCCGGCGGAUGCGGCAGACUCCAGAGAAGAAAGAGCACGUAGGCGCGCCAUGCGCGGCAUUGAGGAUACUUUAGCCGAUGCGCAAAAGAAGAGAGAGCGGGACGAACUACUGGCCGAGGUUGCGCGGCUCGAAGCCGAUGUCGAAGUACUCAUUCAGGCGCAGAACGGACAGGUCAACGUGGAUGUUGCUGUCAAGAAUGCCACUGCUGAUGUGUUGCGACGGUAUCUACUUCCGAAGGAUGAGGGCAUAAGCAGUGGAGACGGUGUCUCGGCAAGCGACGCGAACUGGCUCGAAAUAGCGAUGAACCCAAUGUCAUUCCUCCCCUUCGGCAAUGCCGACUCUAGCCAACUACCCAGUCUCUUUGCUCCCGAAUCCCAGCAGAAGGACGAACAGCCCCUACCCACCUCCCACCACCCAAUACCAAUGUCCGCAGAGGACGAACUACCCUUCCUGCAGGUCUUUACCCCACUCGCCUUCACCUCCACCAUCGCCAUCCUUCCUCGGCAGUCUACAUCCGACGCGCUCCUGCAGCAGCACACCAUCUCGGUGUCUUCCACCACGCCGCCGGGCCUCUUUUCAGCGCAGAUCUCCAUGACAGUUAAUGCGGCCACGCACCGCGUCAAUUCCCUCUCCGUCCCGCGGCUAGACCCGGCCGCGGGCCCAGAGCUGGCCACAGUGGUGGCUGCCACAACUGCGCCGAAGUCGACGGCGGGGACGGGCCGCGGGCGAGACAACAACGUGUGCGUGCUGGCGUGGGCCAUGGGAGAGUGGGUGCGCGUCGCGACGCGGCGGGCACGCUUCUGGCGCGUGCUCGAGUCGGAGCUCGCUAGCAAGGAGGCCAUGGCUGCUGCAGUUGCGAUGGCACGAUCGAGGAGGAAGAAAGGCGGAGUAGAUGGGAGGAAGCAAGGGGGUCGGAAUGGUGGAAAUGAGGACGGACAGCAGCAGCAGAACGGCAAUGACGAUGAUGACGAGGACGACAGCAGCGAUUCGUUGGGAAAGAGGUCGGAUCUGUUGUCACGAGCCGAGUUGCUACCGCAUAUGGGGCGGACGGCCAUGGAGAUUGGCGUGCCCGUUGCAGUUGGCGACGAUACAGCCGAGGCGUUCUCAUUGAGGAUACAGUGGCGCAUAAGGUUCGACUGGACUGGGGAGGCGGAGAGUGAGGUGGAACUGUUGACUGGCAUCCCUGGUAAAUGGCGCAAGUCCGAUGAACGAGGAAAGCUCUACGGCAUUUCGGAUUUGUUCAGAAAGCUGGUGGAGGGAGACGGUGAUCCGAUCUCGGCCGUUAGGGCUGUGGUGGCGUUGUUGGCUGGGGAUGGUGCUUGAUUAUGAUACCCAUGUUCUACUUUGUAAACUCACAAGCGCCCGUUGGAAUUGUUCUUGAUUGUUGACCCAAGAGAAUCUCGAUCCUUGGCGACUGAACCCCGGUAAUUGGUGCGAGAUGGAAAUACAGACGGCAAGUCGAGCUUCCCCAACUGCACGCACUUCAUCCCCUGUACGAAUUCCAUGUGCCGUGCUUUUAGUUACGCUCAGUCUUAUUUCGUAAUCUACUCCGGG